UUAAAACAUAAAAAAAAAAUGCUAUCGGUUAAUAACGAUAGAAAAAACGUUGACGAUGAAGUUCAAUAUUCUAAGAAACAAUUGAAAAAGCUUGAAAAAAAAGCUAAAAAGAAAACUUAUGAAAAUCAAGAAAAAACAAAAAGUAGUACAUUACCAGAAAAAGAGUCUUUGGAUAAAUCGCAUUAUGGAUCUGUCUGUUUAUUAACGACGAUAAUUGAGCCUCGUGACUUUACUCACAUUCAUGAAUUAAAUGAGACUACCGUACACAAAAUGGUUUGGAUUCGCUGUAGAAUUAGUGAAUCGCGGUGUAAAGGUUCCAUAGGUUUUCUUGUACUAAGGGAAAAUAAAUAUACGGUUCAGGGAAUUUUAGAUGCUAAAGUUUUAGGAAAUGACCGAGACAUCAUUAAAUGGACAAGCGGUUUACCUCUUGAAUCAGUUGUUGAUAUUUAUGGAGAAAUCAUACUUCCCCACAUUCCUAUUCUUUCAACGUCUCAAAGAGUUGAAGUACACAUUAAAAAAAUUUAUUGUAUUAGUAAAGCAAUUCCAGAGCUUCCAUUUGUGUUAAGAGAUGCUAAUCGAAAGGAACAAGACAAUCAAUUCCCCGAUCAAAUUUCAGUUAAACUGGAUACCCGGUUAGAUAACCGUGUUUUAGAUUUACGAACAACCGCGAAUUUCCAUAUCUUUAAUUUACAAUCUCACGUUAGUCGUCAAUUCCGAGAAUUUUUGUAUCAAGAGAAUUUCAUGGAAAUUCAUACUCCUAAACUUAUUGAAGGUGCUGCAGAAGGAGGAUCCUCAGUGUUUACGUUUUCUUACUUUGGAAAUAAAGCUUGUUUAGCACAAUCACCUCAGCUUCAUAAGCAAAUGGCCAUUUGUGCAGAUUUCCCUCGUGUUUUUGAAAUUGGUCCUGUCUUUCGAUCGGAAAAUUCAAAUACACAUCGUCAUUUGUGCGAGUUCACUGGAAUGGAUCUUGAAAUGGUCAUACAAAACAGUUAUUUAGAGCUUGUUGAUAUGCUAGAUAGACUCUUAAAAAACAUUUUCUCAUCUUUGGUAUCUACUUGUUCCGAGGGUAUAAAAGAAAUACACACACGAUUUCCGGCAACUCCAUUUCAAUGGAUAGAAAAUACUCCAAAAUUAAGCUAUAUUCAAGGCAUUGGUAUGCUUCGUGAAGCUGGUUUCACCGACAUUCCUGAAGAUGUAUCGACAUAUGAUUUAUCAACACCUAUGGAAAAAGAAUUAGGCCGACUAAUAAAAGAAAAAUAUAACACUGACUUUUAUUUUUUACUUAAAUACCCUCUCAAAGUUCGACCAUUCUAUACAAUGCCAUCCUCAGAAGAUUCCAAAUUCUCCAACUCAUUUGAUGUCUUUAUGCGCGGGGAAGAAAUCGUUAGUGGAGCUCAACGUAUUCAUGAUAUUGAUAUAUUAAUGAGUCGCUUAAAGGAAGCCAAUAUUCCUCCUGAUACGGUUCAGUCUUAUUUAAAUGCUUUCAAAUUAGGAGUAUUUCCUCAUGGAGGGUGCGGAAUCGGUUUAGAACGUGUUGUUAUGUUGUUUCUCGGUCUUGAUAAUAUUCGUCGAACGUCAAUGUUUCCCCGGGAUCCUAAGAGAAUUCAGCCGUAAUUAGUUCUUUAAAUAAUUAACCGAUUAAAAUAAAAUCAAAAAAAAAAUUUUGAAUCAAUUCUAUUAUGAUAACAUUAAAUAUACAUCGCUUUAUUCGUUGACAGCGCUACAGAAUUUUUUUUAAACAAUUCAACAAUGCAGAAAACAUGUACCAAAACACAUCUGCAAUUUGUCGAUCAGAAAAAAUAAAUUUUAGAUAAAAACCUUUACAGACGUUUUAUCAAGAAAAAUAUUGCGUUUUCUUUUUUGUUCUAAACUUAAUCAUUAAAGCGGUUAUCAUUUAUUAUGAAACAGUUUUGAUACUUUGUACUCUACACUAGUUUUAUCAUAUAACGUAGCUCAUGUGAACGGUAUGUAUUCAACAAAAUCAAUGUACAACUAAUGGGAUACGCUAAAUGAAAAGUUGUAUUCUGAUUAAAAAAUGAAAGCCAUCAAUUGAUUAGGAAACAACAAAUAAAUGGAUUUU